AUGGCGAAGCUUGACCUUACAAUCCCAAAUCUCAAGCUCAACGAUGGCGCCUCAAUCCCCAUGCUGGGAUACGGCACAGGUACAGCGUGGUAUAAGACUGGUGACGAGUCUAAGAUUGAUCAGAGCAUCAUCGAUGCUGUGAAGAUGGCAAUCAAACUGGGAUACACGCAUCUUGACGGAGCAGAGAUGUACAAGACAGAACAAGAAUUGGGAACUGGUAUCAAAGAGUCCGGCGUAGAGCGAGAGAAGCUCUUUGUGACUGGCAAGGUUGACAAGCCUAAUGUCCACGACAUCGAGGGCGCACUGCAAACAAGUUUGAAGAAGUUACAGCUGGACUACGUUGACCUCUACCUCAUUCACCAGCCAUGGUUCGCGCAAACCGACGAAGACAUUCAGAAUGCCUGGGCACAGAUGGAGGCCAUCCAAGCCAAAGGUCUGGCGAAGUCGAUUGGCGUUUCAAACUAUGCUCCUGCUCACCUGAGAGCACUGUUGAAGACCUCCAAGGUGGUUCCAGCGUGUAACCAGAUUGAGUUCCACCCUUACCUGCAGCGUACCGAGCUUCUGGCUCUGCACAAGCAGCAUGGCAUUGCCACAACGGCCUACGGUCCGCUCACUGCAGCUACAAAAGCUGUGCCAGGACCUUUGGACGACUACUUUGCGGCUUUGUCGAAGAAGUAUGCUGUCGGCGCCGGCGAGAUCUCCCUUAGGUGGUGCAUCGACCAGGAUAUCGUGCCUAUCACUACUUCAUCGAAGGAGCAGAGACUCAGUGACUACCUGAGGGUUGCCACUUUCAAGCUCACGCCUAAGGAAAUCCAGGAAAUCAACAAGAUCGGUCAGCAGAAGCAUUUCCGUGGUUUCUGGCAGGUGAAGUUCGAAGACAGCGACAGGACUUAG